GGGAGAAAUGCCUCUUAGAAAGUGGGAGAAGCACCUCCGUGCCGAGCGAAGGUGACAGUGGAAUCUUCCGAGCCGCACUCAACUCGAGGAUUGUCUUGUAUGCUGAGCCGUUGUGGAUUUAUGGAGGGGCCCGGGCGUACCUUUGAGCACUGCCACGCACAACAUCCUGCCCGCUGAAGCAAGGACACGGCUGCCCCGCCCUAACCUGGCACUGAGCCUUUGGGCUUAACCAUUCAGAUCUCCCGUGCAUGGCUUUUGCAGCCAAGGGAGGACUCUUGCUGGCUGCCGCCCCAGCCUGAGCUGCACCGGGCUUCCAUCACUGCCCCCAAAUAUUUUACAUAUCCAGAUGGGGUAACGUGACGGCGCCAGAGGGAACGCCAGCUGGUAAAACUGAAUGCAGAGGCCUUUGCGGAGAGGGGAGAGCAAAGGAGGGAAGCCGGACGACGCUGAAGGACAACUACUCUAAAUUGCACACGCAAAGGAAAUUGACACUACAAAAGGAUUUUUUUAAAGUAUUAUUCAGCAUCAAGCACAGGGUUCCUUUUUCGUGUUGGAUGCUUUAGAGAAUCCAGCAUAUCUUCCCCCACCCCCCAGAAAAGGCUGGGAAUAUUUGCACAGCAUUGAUAAAGAGGGGAGAAGCAUUUUGCCAAACUCUAGGAAAUUUUAUUUUCCUUUUUGCCCUGCAACUUUUUUUUCGUUUUGGGGUGUUCUUGCUCCCCAACCUGUUUUUCAUUAUGGCUCGAAUGAAUCGGCCUGCGCCUGUGGAGGUCUGCUACAAGAACAUGAGAUUCCUGAUAACCCACAACCCUACCAAUGCCACACUGAACACUUUCAUCGAGGAUCUGAAAAAAUACGGUGCAACAACGGUAGUGCGAGUGUGCGAAGUAACCUAUGAUAAGACUCCACUGGAAAAAGAUGGCAUAACAGUGAUGGACUGGCCAUUUGACGAUGGAGCCCCUCCACCGAACAAAAUUGUGGACGACUGGCUGAAUCUGCUAAAGACCAAGUUCUGCGAAGACCCUGGGAGCUGUGUAGCUGUUCAUUGUGUGGCUGGCCUGGGACGGGCUCCUGUUCUUGUGGCGCUGGCCCUGAUCGAGAGCGGGAUGAAAUACGAAGACGCCAUUCAGUUCAUUAGACAGAAGCGCCGAGGGGCGAUCAACAGCAAGCAGCUGACGUACCUGGAGAAAUAUCGGCCGAAGCAGCGGCUCCGUUUCAAGGACCAUCAAAACCAGAGGAACAAGUGCUGCAUCAUGUAACCUCAGUUAAAACGGCCUCUUGCCAAAACACACACACUGAGAACGCGCACACAUGCACAAGAGGCACACAGGCGCAUACAGGGAGGCCCCGUAUCGACCUCGCCUUCGGGGCUCCCUUGAAAGUAUCGCUGUAUCCAUGACGCUCUUUUGAAGCCUGGGAAGAAAGACAGCAGAGCGCUUGCCCCUCGGGGCUCAGAGGCGGGAGAGGGUGCCCGUUUUCUUCUCUCUUUCUUCCUCAGCUGCUGCCUUUCAGCGGAUCACUUGGCAAUUACAGGGUAACCCCCCCCCCCCCGCCCCCAGUGCAAUAACUCUCUUUCCUGUUGCUUUCCUAAGACCCAAGUAGGCACUGUCAAGCAGGCAGGGGGUUUAUCUGGCCCACCUAAGCUUCCCCCCUGCUAAUUUCAAGGGUUUGAUUUGCCUGCAAAAGAGUCUUUUGUGGGCCACGUACAGACUUUCCAUCGCUUAGCUUCACUCUCAGCAAAACGCAGUGCCGUCAUCUCCCCUUUUCCGCCCCACUUUCGCUUACUGAGCCGGCAGGUUGUGUUCCAACCUGGUCGCAAGCUAUUCGGGCUGCUGUGACUGGUGGAAAGCUGCCAGGGGGUACGUUGGCUGGUGUGAGAUAGUGUCCAGCUGUCCUAGGGGGGGCGCUCUUGAUUGAUUUGUUCUCUCUUUCAUUGUAACGGUGGAGCCCCUGUUGUGAUCUUUGGACUUAGCUUGUGUUGGAGGGAGGGAAAAUCCUUUCCCCCCUCCCCCCUAGAUGCAGUGAAGUCGAUUGCUCGUAUGGAACUUAGAAAAGGGAAGCGCAUAGUUUGUGGAGGCAGCUGAGCUUCUGAUGCGAGGGGUUUGUUUUUCUCUUCCUGGCUGUAGCGGAGGGGAGGUGUUAGUUUCAGUGCAAACUUAGUUUGCAUUUAUGAAAUGUCUUCCCCUGCCCCGAAAAAGCACCCAAGCUAGCCUUCUAGAUGCUGGGAGGGAGGUAAGAGAGAGUGAGUGGGGUAAUAAAACGGUCUCUGAAUUAAGAAUGGGGGGGGGUCCCGAAAUUUGUGGCGCAAGACUUUGAAGAGAAACUUCUUGGGCAUGGAGAGGAUCGCAGGGGAGGGGGCGAGAUUGAGCCACCUGAUUCCCACCGUUGGUGUCUGCAUCACCCUAAGUCCAUGCUUGGGGGCACAGGGUGUGCCACUUCCGUUGUCUGGCUUCUUCACAUUUUGCACAGGGGUGUUGGGAAUAGGAAAAGAUGCUCACCCAGCCUGGAUGAGCUAAAGGGAGGGGGGCGUUUAACUAAUGCCUUCAGCUGGGAGGUGUCUCAUCCCAAAGGCCUGGUGGAAUUGACGCUGGCCAGCUAGUGCUGCAUCGAGAAAGCUGGCGUUCCGUUUGCCCUGCCGCAUUAACCUCCAUGGAUCAUGGCCUCGGCUGUACUGCCCAUGUGUGUCCCACCCAGGGCUUUUUUUCUGGGGAAAG